AUGUCCAGUAUACCCGCCAAAGCUAUGAGCUCCGUGCUGAGCUCCGCCGGCACCGGUAUGCCCGCCACUGUUUCCAGUGUUGCAGACGCGUUACAGACGGCGGAAACUACAGUCAAGGUCAUCGAGAACCCAACUCCAUCCUCGACCUUUGGCCUUCUUGCCCGGGUUGUACUCAGUAUCUUGAGGGUUCUACCUGGCACAUUGUACUGGAUUAUCACCUUUACGACCAUCACGUUACCAACAUGGCUAUUCACGCUAUUCUCUAUGAGCUUGACAUUCACAAUGAACUUCACUACUCUAAUGCUGAUAGCUAUCUUCAUCGUGUCUACGGUAAGCUACCUGGUCAGAUACCGUUUUAUGACCAUGUAUACGAGACUUCCGCCUGAGCCCCAACGCGACGAACCUCAGGUCGAAGUAUUUCCGGAAGCCCAAGAAGGGGACUCUAAAAGAGGCCUGUCCAAUUACUUGGACGAGUUCCUCAGCGCUAUCAAAGUGUUUGGCUAUCUGGAGCGACCCGUGUUCCAUGAACUCACGCGGACGAUGCAGACGAGGAAAUUGAUUGCUGGAGAGACCAUUCUGUUGGAGGAGGAGAAGGGUUUCUGUUUGGUUGUGGAUGGACUGGUCCAGAUCUUCGUCAAGUCGAAUCGAGACAGCGCAGAUUCUGACGAUGAUGAAGAUAUACCAAACGGAGGCCCCAGAGACGGCGCAGAAAAAACGAGUCAUCGUCAAGGAUACCAACUCCUCACAGAAGUCAAGAACGGCGCACCCAUGUCUUCGCUCUUCUCUAUACUGUCUCUAUUCACUGAAGAUGUGAAGCUACGCCAUGAGGAUUCAGAAGAUGGUGUAGACUCGAGUGUGCCAGCAACGCCAAUGGAGAGGCCAGUUCGCCCUUCUAUCUCCAGGAACAGCAGUUUCGCAUUCGAUGAUUCCCGCCCACAAACUCCGGCAGAUAUGCCCGGAACGCCUCCAGGCAGGCUCGAUCAUUACAGAGCAUCGAGCCUUGCCAGUCCUACUGCUGGUGGCCACCUCCAAAGCGUUCCUCCAUUCUCGUUAGACCCAAACUCUGCCAAUGGGCACGCCCAUAGAUCCGAUAAAGAUAAACACUCGACCCAUGUUCGUUCCAAGUCGAAGGCGAAGUCGGCUCAUCCUGAUAUUGUCGCGCGAGCGAAAGAAGAUACAACUAUUGCUAUCAUUCCCGCCACAGCGUUCCGCCGCCUCACUCGCGUCUACCCGAAAGCAACAGCGCACAUUGUUCAAGUUAUUUUGACUAGGUUACAGCGAGUUACACUUGCAACCGGUCACGCGUAUCUAGGGCUUACGAGCGAGGUUCUACGCACUGAGAAGCUCAUGAACACGUAUACUACAUAUGACUUACCCGGCUUCUUACGCGACUCUGCCCUACAGAGACUCAAGGACAGGUUCGCUAAAGAGACGGAACGCACCGGGCCGGAAGAAGGCAUGAAAGGAAUAGCACUCCACAAUCCUGGCGCCGGUCGACGAAGAAGAUCAAAUUCGGCCUUUAGGAAAGGGACUGCUGGCCAUGCUCGACUCGCUGCGAUUCGUGGAUCGUCUGUAGAUAUCAGUGCUGAAAACCUUCAUAAGACGUCAACAUCUCCGGAGCCUGCUGGUGGCCCGGACCGAGUCAGCGCGGGUGACUUGUUGACGAACACGCACCUUCCGCGAGGUAGCGGGAGAACAGGGCGUUAUAGCUUCUCCCAACCAGUACACCAGGAUCGGCGUGAUGCGAAGACCCCACUUGAUGCAGGUACUUUCAACCCUUUUGCAUCGCCAUUAGCCAGACCUGCUGCGCUACAUCGUCAGGAGUCCAUCGACGAAGCCACUGUUUUCAGAGAGUCCGUGCUUGAUUGCAUGUUCAAAGCGAUUGGACUGACUGAUCUCGACAAUCCCAUACCAAAGUCGAUGUCAGUCGAACAGUCCCCACGUCUCGUAUCUUUCGAUACGAAGCGACAGAAAGCCGUCUUUAGUAACGCUUUUGGUUUUAUUGACCCAUACGAAGCGUCCCGUGAUGGUGAUACUGAGUCAAUAAUAUCAGCUUCAGGACAGUCUACUAUCAGUGUUACCGGCCACAAUCUUGUAGAAGAGAUUGUCAAUGACGUUGAAAUCGUGUACUUUCCUAAGGGUGCUGUGCUUGUAGAACAGGGCGAACGAAAUCCGGGCCUCUAUUAUGUUAUUGAUGGAUUUCUUGAUGUCAGCGUGCCUGUCGAGGAAGAUUACCAGGAGCCAAAUGUGCUCGGCACCCUUCCAUCAGUUCCCGGAACAACUGAUGCCGACCUUUUCGGUGGACCAACACUUAAACGGUCAACAAAUACCGCUUCGUCCUCCUAUAUGAAUCUACCUGAACAAGGGAAACGAAAGAAGACAAGGAACACUUUGUUCCUCACCAAACCAGGUGGCCUAGCUGGGUACCUGGGGACCAUUUCAUCUUACAGAUCCUUUGUAGAUGUGACAGCGAAGACAGAUGUCUACGUUGGAUUCUUACCCCGAGCAUCUAUUGAGCGGAUCGUCGAUCGGUACCCGGUAGUUCUGUUGACCAUGGCCAAGCGCUUGACGACUCUUCUGCCCAGGCUGAUCUUACAUAUAGACUUUGCACUAGAGUGGGUUCAAGUCAACUCUGGCCAGGUACUAUACAACCAAGGAGACGAGAGUGACGCCAUUUACAUCGUUCUCAACGGACGUCUCAGAGCCAUCAAGGAUGGCGCGAACAACGACAUGAAGGUCAUUGGUGAAUACGGACAAGGUGACAGCGUUGGAGAGCUUGAGGUGCUCACUGAAUCAACACGACCCGGGUCACUACAUGCCAUUCGUGAUACCGAGGUGGCAAAAUUUCCCAAAACACUGUUCAAUAGUCUCGCCUUGGAGCACCCUGGCAUCACCAUCAAGAUAUCCAAGAUCAUCGCUUCCCGCAUGCGAGCAUUGAUGGAAGACCCUCUGCAUGAGCAAAGUAAAGAGCUUCGCUCAACGGCUACUCGGAGCAAGGUCUCAUCAACAGUCAAUCUGCGCACAGUCACGAUCCUACCUGUCACAGCUGGAGUCCCGGUUGUGGAAUUUGCCGGGCGACUGAUGACAGCACUGAACCAGAUUGGCACGCCAAAUGGGGUUGUGUCUCUUAACCAGGCUGCUAUUCUCAAUCACCUUGGUCGUCAUGCUUUCAAUCGCAUGGGCAAGUUGAAGGUCUCCCAGUACCUUGCUGAUUUGGAGGAGAAGUACGGCCUAGUCCUCUACGUUGCAGAUACUCCAGUGAAAUCUCCGUGGACACAGACCUGCAUCAGCCAAGCUGAUUGCAUCCUGCUAGUUGGACUAGCAGAAGGCCACCCCAACAUCGGAGAAUACGAGCGCUUCCUUCUUACGACAAAGACCACUGCCCGGAAAGAGCUUGUAUUAUUGCAUGCCGAGAAGUAUUGUCCAUCGGGACUUACGCGAAAAUGGUUACGCAACCGCCCAUGGGUGAACGGUAGCCAUCACCACGUCCAGAUGCCUUUCCGGACCAACGCCGAGCCAGUACAUCCGAUAGGACGUCGAUUCGGUACCGCUUUGAAGCACCGGGUUCAAGUACUGCAGGCCGAGAUCCAGAAAUACACAUCACGUCGAGUUCGUCAGACGCCGCUAUACUCUGCGGACACGCCGUUCAAGGGCGACUUUCAUCGUCUUGCAAGAAGGUUAUGCGGCAAGUCUGUCGGUUUGGUCCUAGGCGGAGGUGGUGCCCGAGGCAUUUCGCAGAUAGGCAUCAUUCGCGCGUUGGAGGAAGCUGGUAUACCUAUUGACAUCGUGGGCGGAACGUCCAUUGGUGCAUUCAUCGGUGCCCUAUACGCUUGGGAUGCCGACGUCGUCCCAAUGUACGGGAGAGCCAAGAAGUUCGCUGGACGCAUGGGCAGCAUGUGGAGGUUUGCUCUCGACCUCACAUAUCCCUCCGCGUCGUACACAACUGGCCACGAAUUCAACCGCGGCAUCUUCAAGACGUUCGGCAACUCGCAGAUCGAGGACUUCUGGCUGGAGUAUUACUGCAACACGACCAACAUUAGCAAGAGUCGCUCCGAGGUGCACACCAGGGGCUACGUUUGGCGUUACGUGCGGGCAUCCAUGUCCCUCGCCGGUCUCCUUCCGCCGUUAUGCGACAACGACAACAUGCUUCUAGAUGGCGGCUACAUCGACAAUCUGACCGUCACGCACAUGAAGUCGCUGGGCGCCGACGUCAUCUUUGCGGUCGAUGUCGGUUCCCUCUCCGACGACACGCCUCAGUCCUUUGGCGACUCACUUUCUGGGUUUUGGGCCCUAGUCAAUCGCUGGAACCCCUUCAGCUCGUAUCCGAAUCCACCCACCUUGUCGGAGAUCCAAUCCCGCCUCGCCUAUGUGUCUUCGUACGAUGCAUUGGAGAGGGCGAAGAACACGCCUGGCUGCAGGUAUAUGCGGCCGCCGAUUGAUCCGUAUGGCACCCUCGACUUCGCGAAGUUUGACGAGAUUUAUCAAGUCGGGUAUCAGUAUGGAAAGGAAUAUCUGGCGGGGCUGAGGGAGAAGGGGGUGCUGCCUGUGAGUGAAGAGACGGAGAAGGAGAAGAAUCUCAGGAGGACCAUGGCGCCUCGAAGGGCGAGUAUCUAG